AUUAACCUGCGACAAGCGACGCUACAAACAGUGGCGCACAAUCUCAAAGCACAAACUGAAGAAAACAGCGCAAAACAAGCAGAUUCACAGCAACACAGACGACCCGAAGUCUCCAGGAGACGCUUUUGUUUUAUAUCUUUAGUGAGUCUGAGCUUCCGAGAUGUCUCUGGCAGACGAGCUCCUGGCCGACCUGGAGGAGGCCGGAGAUGAGGGGGAGGACGGACUGUACGCCGAGGGAGACGAGGGGGAGAUUGAUGGCGAUGUGAUUCAGGGAAGGACGGACGGAGGGCUGGAGGACAUCCCAGAGGAGAUGGAGGUGGACUACAGUAAAGCUGAGAGCGUCACGUCCAUCGCCAAGCUCCGCAACAGCAAACAGUUCUCAGAGAUCAUGGACAACAUUUCAGGAUACAUCGGAAAACAGCGCAAGAACUCAGAGGUCUCGGGCCCGGUGGAGGCCGACCCAGAAUACCGGCUGAUCGUAGCAGCAAAUAACCUCACAGUGGAGAUCGACAACGAGCUCAACAUCAUCCACAAGUUCACCAGAGACAAAUACUCCAAGAGGUUUCCGGAGCUCGAGUCUCUGGUGCCAGAUUCCUUAGACUACAUCCGUACGGUCAAGGAACUCGGGAACAAUCUGGAGAAAUGCAAAAACAAUGAAACUCUGCAGCAGAUCCUCACCAAUGCCACCAUCAUGGUGGUCAGCGUCACGGCGUCGACCACUCAGGGGUCGAUGCUGACAGAGGACGAGCUGAAGCAGCUGGAGGAGGCCUGCGACAUGGCGCUGGAGCUGAACCAAUCCAAACACAGGAUUUAUGAAUACGUGGAGUCCAGGAUGUCCUUCAUCGCCCCUAAUCUGUCCAUCAUUGUCGGAGCGUCGACAGCGGCGAAGAUCAUGGGAAUCGCCGGAGGCCUCACCAACCUGUCCAAGAUGCCGGCCUGUAACCUGAUGCUGCUGGGAGCUCAGAGGAGAACGCUGUCCGGCUUCAGCAGCACCUCCCUGCUGCCCCACACCGGCUUCAUCUACCACUGCGACGUCGUCCAGUCUCUACCACCGGACCUCAGGAGGAAGGCGGCUCGUCUGGUGGCGGCAAAAUGCACUCUGGCAGCUCGAGUGGACAGUUUCCACGAGAGUUCAGACGGAAAGGUUGGCUACGAUCUGAAAGAGGAGAUCGAGAGGAAGUUCGACAAAUGGCAGGAACCUCCACCGGUGAAGCAGGUCAAACCGCUGCCAGCUCCUCUGGACGGACAGAGGAAGAAGAGGGGAGGACGAAGGUACAGGAAGAUGAAGGAGCGACUCGGCCUCACGGAGAUCAGGAAACACGCCAACAGGAUGACCUUCGCUGAGAUCGAGGACGACGCCUACCAGGAGGAUCUGGGCUUCAGUCUGGGGCAGCUGGGGAAGAGCGGCAGCGGCAGAGUCCGGCAGGCUCAGGUCAACGAGGCCACCAAGGCCCGGAUCUCCAAAUCUCUCCAGAGGACGCUGCAGAAGCAGAGCAUGACGUACGGAGGGAAGUCCACGGUCCGAGAUCGAUCCUCAGGAACCAGCUCCAGCGUGGCCUUCACACCUCUACAGGGUCUGGAGAUCGUGAACCCUCAGGCUGCAGAGAAGAAGGUGGCUGAAGCCAACCAGAAGUAUUUCUCCAACAUGGCCGAGUUCCUGAAAGUCAAGAAGGAAACUAAGAUGUGAACACACUCUCACACACACAUGGACAGUUGGACACUGAGCGGAGUGUUUUCAGACUGGCGUUGUGCUUCGUCCAGUAUUUUACUUUCAUUUUUGGAUGCAUUGUUUCUCUAUUUUAAUAAAAGAUGGAAAGAUUCCAGAAAAGUGUACUCAUUUUUUUAGAAGGAAAAUAUCAAGUUGUGUGAAUUAAGAUGUUUUUUUUUUCUAAAAUUUUCAUACAACUUCCAGAUGUAGAGGUUAGUUUUUAAAUCUAAUCAGUCUACAUUCUGUGAUUCCAGCUUCUUUUUUUUAAGUUAUUUUUUGGGCCUUUUUUUAGCCAUUAUUUAUAGGUGCAGUGGAGACUGACAGGAAAGGAGGGAAAAGAGUCGGGGGAAGACAUGCAGCAAAGGGCCGUGAGUGGGAAUCGAAUCUGGGCCGCUGCGUCAGGGACCAGCCCCUGUACAUGGGUCGCCCGCUUAACACGUUGAACUAUCCGGGCCCCUGAUUCCAGCGUCUUAAAUGUGCAUAUUUUCUGGUUUCUUUCCUCUGUCACAGCAAACCAGAGAUCUUUGGACUGAACAGGACUUUUUAGGAAACUGAUCCACAUUUUUCACCAUUUAAAGACUUUUAGAGACAAACAGCUGAUUGAUUUAUCCAGAAAACAAUCAACAGAUUAAUUGAAAGUGAAAUGAUCAUUAGUUUCUUUCUGGUCCACCUCCAGUUGGAUUGUUUCUAGUGAUUUUAACUAGUGCUGUCAAACGCUUAAAUGUUUUAAUCUGAUUAAUCACAGGGUUGCUGUUGAUUAAUUUUCGAUUAAUCAUGGAUUAAAUAUUCAUUUCUAAUCUA